GCUCCCAGUGGCAUGCUAUUUACUGUAAGGUUGCUUAGUAUGACGCAGCGGCGGAAAGGGGUAUUUCUAGACAUCUAGAUCUGCGCGUGUACAUCGACCAAAUGAAAGUAGUCGUUGAACGCACGUGUUCAUUGCUAUUGAUAUCAAUCUAUUUCAAUUGAGUAGUUGUUCUUGGUGCUUUUCAUGUCUUUGUACUGUACCAUGCAAUGUUACUGAUCUCUGCGCUAACGUUAAUUGCCUCUGCUGGUGCUUCUGGGUUCAAGGGCACGUGUCAAGUACGAAACUUUAGUUCCAAUGCGAAUCCUUGCAAAGAAUUUUCAGAUGUGAAUGCACCCAUAUUCCUUCCUGACACAACACUAUUGCUAUCAGUAGCAAUUCAAGUCCAAGUUGUUCUUUCUGUUAUUGACUCUUUUGGAGAAAAUCAAUGCAAUGAUGUUUUCAAGCAAUUCCUUUGUGUCUUUGCAUUUCCACCAUGUAACCUCACAACAGGACAACCUCACCCAGUUUGCGAGAAACUUUGUGAUCGCAUUGUGAAUGGCCCCGAGUGUUGCCGUGACUUUCAAGUUGCUAAAGAUGCAUAUGAAAGCAUGACUGUUGCAUCUUUUCCAGUGUUUGGCAGUCAACUUCCGGAAUGCUACACCCUGCCUUACUCACAAAACAACAAAGAAACAUGUACAUCUGGUUAUAUAGAUGUUACUGUGCUUGAUCAAAAUCAAACCGUUCAAAAUCAAUGUGAUCAAAAUCAAACUGCUCAAAAUCAAUCUGAGCAAAAUCAAGCUUCUUCAGAAAACAAGCAGCUGUGGUUACUUGUGGGAAUUCCUGUAGCAGGAACAGCUGUGCUGAUUCUAUUCGUUAUAUUAGUUGUGUGUGUUUGUCUGCAUGUCAGACACGAGAAGAACAGGAAUUGGGUAUUUAGUGCAUUAUCAAGUAACAUCAGAAAUAGAGUGGAAAGCCAGGGGCAGCACGCAACUAACCAAUACCAUGUUGAUGAAAGCACAGAAGUUGUAUCAGUUACAUUCGCAAGUAAAUGGAGCAGCAGCAAUCGCUGUGCAGCCCUGAACCCACUAGUCAAAAUGAAAUCAGAUAGGUAUCUCGUUAUGCCCAAACCCAUUGAGAACAUUGCUGUUGUUUUGGAGGGAGAAGACAAAGAACGCAUUGUCUCUAUACAUGAACAACUUGAAGAACUCGCUGAAAAUUUGGGCGAUUUGCUUGUAGACUUCAAUCAAGUUAUUUUGCAUGAAGUGCUAGGACAAGGGGCAUUUGGUUUGGUGCAAAGAGGAUCUUUGGCAAAGGAUGGCCAAUUGAUUCAAGUUGCUAUAAAAUCGCUCAAAGACACAUCGAAUAUGACUGAUGUGUUGGAGUUUGUUCGUGAAUCUUCUAUGAUGGCUAGUUUUCAUCAUCCCAACAUCCUUGGUGUUUCUGGUGUCUGUCUUGACAUGUCAAAUGGUCGAUCCCCUCUUAUUCUUGUGCCAUUUAUGGUCAAUGGAGAUUUGAAGACUUUCUUACAAAAAUCGAGGAUUGGAACAAAAGAGGAUGAAGAUAAAACCGAUAUUUCUGGUAUUCAGCUUUUGAGUUUCUGCAUUCAGAUUGCACAAGGAAUGGAAUAUUUAUCCAAUCUACCGAUUGUACACAGAGAUCUUGCUGCUAGAAAUUGCAUGUUGGAUGAAAGGAUGGUAGUAAAGGUGGGUGACUUUGGUCUCUCCAGAGACAUCUACUCGAAUAAUUACUAUCGAAUGGGGAGUAAAGGCAAAGUACCUGUCAAGUGGAUGGCACCAGAGAGUCUAACAGACAAUAUCUACACCGUCUACACUGAUGUGUGGUCGUUUGGUGUGACCAUGUGGGAAAUUUACAGUCACGGUAAAGUGCCGUAUCCAGGCAUCCCAAACUAUGAGGUUUUGGAAUAUAUUGAGAACGGACAUCGUCUGAGCAAACCGAAAUUAUGUUCAACAGAAGUAUUUGCUGUUGCUCUGAAAUGCUGGGAGUGGAAUGCUAAUGACAGACCUUCUUUUCAUGAAUUGAACGAAGAAUUGAGUUGCAUUGCUGGAGAUCAAGCAGGCUAUCUCAGGCCCAUAGACUGGAGGGGUUCAGGGAGUUCGGACAAACCGCCUGCUUACGUGCGCUACAGCAGAAGUUCUCUGUCUCUAGCCGCAAGUGUUGUUCUUAACGCGUUUCUUGUCUUUGUACUGUACUAUGCAAUGCUACUGAUCUCUGCGUUAACGUUAAUUGCCUCUGCUGGUGCUUCUGGGUUCAAGGGCACGUGUCAAGUACGAACCUUUAGUCCCAAUGCGAAUCCUUGCAAAGAACUUUCAGAUGUGAAUGCACCCAUAUUCCUUCCUGACACAACACCAUUGCUAUCGGUAACGGCUCAAGUUCAAAUUGUUCUUUCUGUUAUUGACUCUUAUGGAGAAAAUCAAUGCAGUGUAUUUUUCAAGCAAUUUCUUUGUCUCUUCGCAUUUCCACCAUGUAACCUCACAACAGGACAACCUCACCCAGUUUGCGAGAAACUUUGUGAUCGCAUCUUGAAUGGCUCCGAGUGUCGUUAUGUCUUUCAACUUGCUAAAGAUGCAUAUGAAAAAAGCACGACUGUUGCAUCUUUUCCAGUGUUUGGCAGUCAACUUCCGGAAUGCGACACCCUGCCUUACUCACAAAACAACAAAGAAACAUGUACAUCUGGUUAUAUAGAUGUUACUGUGCUUGAUCAAAAUCAAACCGUUCAAAAUCAAUCUGAUCAAAAUCAAACUGUUCAAAAUCAAUUUGAGCAAAAUCAAUCUGAUCAAAAUCAAACCCAUCAAAAUCAAUCUGAUCAAAAUCAAACCGUUCAAAAUAAAUCUCAUCAAAAUCAAACUGUUCAACAUCAAUUUGAGCAAAAUCAAACUUCUUCAGCAAACAAGCAGCUGUGGUUACUUGUGGGAAUUCCUGUAGCAGGAACAGCUGUGCUGAUUCUAUUCGUUCUAUUAAUUGUGUGUAUUUGUCUGCAUGUCAGACACAAGAAGAACAGUGCAUUAUCAAGUAACAUCAGAAAUAGAGUGGAAAGCCAGGGGCAGCACACAACUAACCAAUUCCCUGUUGCUGAAAGCACAGAAAUGGUAUCAAUUACAGUCGCAAAUAAAGGGAGCAACAACAAUCGUUGUGCAGCUCUGACCCCACCAGUCAAAAAGAAAUCAGAUAGGUAUCUUGUUAUGCCCAAAAGCAUUGAGAACAUUGUUACUGUUUUGGAGGGAGAAGACAAAGAACGUAUUGUUUCUAUAAUACAUGAACUUGAAGAACUCGCUGAAGACUUGGGCGAUUUGCUUGUAGACUUCCAUGAAGCUAUUUUGCAUGAAGUGCUAGGACAAGGGGCAUUUGGUUUGGUGCAAAGAGGAUCUUUGGCAAAGGAUGGCCAAUUGAUUCCAGUUGCUAUAAAAUCACUCAAAGACACAUCGAAUAUGACUGAUGUAUUGGAGUUUGUUCGUGAAUCUUGUAUGAUGGCUAGUUUUCAUCAUCCCAAUAUUCUUGGUGUUUCUGGUGUCUGUCUUGACAUGUCAAAUGGUCGAUCCCCUCUUAUUCUUGUGCCAUUUAUGGUCAAUGGAGAUUUGAAGACUUUCUUACAAAAAUCGAGGAUUGGAACAAAAGAGGAUGAAGAUAAAACCGAUAUUUCUGGUAUUCAGCUUUUGAGUUUUUGCAUCCAGAUUGCACAAGGAAUGGAAUAUUUAUCCAAUCUACUGAUUGUACACAGAGAUCUUGCUGCUAGAAAUUGCAUGUUGGAUGAAAGGAUGGUAGUAAAGGUGGGUGACUUUGGUCUCUCCAGAGACAUUUAUUCACAUAAUUACUAUCGAAUGGGGAGUAAAGGCAGAGUACCAGUCAAGUGGAUGGCACCAGAGAGUCUGACAGACAAUAUCUACACCGUCUACACUGAUGUGUGGUCGUUUGGUGUGACCAUGUGGGAAAUUUACAGUCACAGUAAAGUGCCGUAUCCAGGCAUCCCAAACUAUGAGGUUUUGGAAUAUAUUGAGAACGGACAUCGUCUGAGCAAACCAAAACUAUGUCCGACAGAAGUAUUUGCUUUUGCUCUGAAAUGCUGGGAGUGGAAUGCUAAUGACAGACCUUCUUUUCAUGAAUUGAACGAAGAAUUGAGUUGCAUUGCUGAAGAUCAAGCAGGCUAUCUCAAGACCCUAGACUGGAGGGGUUCAGGGGGUUCAGACAGCUAUCUCAGGCCCAUUGACUGGAGGGGUUCAGUGUGUUCAGACGAAUCGGCUGCUUAGCUGUAAAGUCCAUACACUUUUGAUUCAAAUCUGCUUAGUUAUUCUAUCUUGGGCUCCUUUACAUCUACUGUGAUGUAGAAAUGGAUUUAUACAAAUUAGAUAGUGGACUGCCUUGCUCAUCGUCAAAUUCAUUCUUGCAGACUGUAGGUAGCUAGCUAGAGCUAGAAUUGAUCUCCUGCACUAAGUUUAGUUUUUGUUUUGACUAUAUCAAAUUUCUUGAUCAAUAUUUUUGAAACAUGUAUACGUUAAAAAUAAAAAAAUCACGU